AUGCUUGUGCCACAUCAAAUUAAUUUAAAUUCAUCAAAAGAUGAUAUAAUGAAUAGUAUAACGGAUGAUGAACGUAAAAAAUUGAAUGAACUUGAAUCUGAACGUGGUUUAAUUCUUGACAAACCUUGUCGAUAUACACCAUAUCAUGAACCAUCACUUGUUCUUGAUGAUUUCCUAUUUUUGGGAGAUAUGCAACAUGCAGCAAAUCAAAUAUUACUUCAACAAUAUAAAAUUAAACAUAUUUUAAAUGUAUGUGAUUGGGGUACAGACAAAAAUAUUCAAGAUAAUUUUAAUGUCACUCAUAUCCCAUUAUCGGAUGAUUGUCAAGAAAAUAUUAAGCAACAUUUCGAUAAAACGAAUGAAUUAUUACAUGGAUUUUAUGAAAAGAACGAAUGCUGUCUAGUACAUUGUGCUGCUGGUAUAUCACGAUCAGCAACAAUUGUUCUUGCUUAUUUAAUGAAAUAUCAUCAUAAUACAUUAAAAGAUGCGUAUGCUUUUCUUCAUGACAAACGUCCACAAAUUUCUCCAAAUAAAGGAUUUUUAUUACAAUUGAUACGUUAUGAAAAUGAAUUGAUUCAAUCUCGAGAAAUAAAACCUGCAGAUACAGCUGAAUCCAUUAUAAAAGAAGAGAAUCCAAUAGAAACAUUAGAUGAAUUUCAAGAAAAACAUAAAAUGAAUAAAUAG